AUGGUAUUAAUUAAGGUUGAGUUUAGAUCUGUUGAUAAGUUGUGUUGGUUGAUAUUUAAAGACUAUGUUUUUCAAGGUGAUGGCUGGAUUUGUUGGUGCUGCGUAACGUUUAUUGUGAUUAUAUUCACAAAAGAUUAUCUGGACAGGCACCGCGAACAUUUUACUGAAACCUAUACUAUUUUUAUUGAAUCUAUCCGAGAUUUAUAUCCACUGGUAUUUGUUUUGAGAGCGACAGUGUCCGCCGAUAUAUGUUUCAGUCCAAGAACAACUACUUAA